AACACAACAAUCGACAAUGGCGGACAGUGCGAGCGAGUUGGAGAGCGAUACCAGCUCCAUUGAUGGGGGGCCUACGAUGAAGCCUCCGUCUCCAGCUCAGCUAGAACAGUUGCAAAAGCGACUCGAGUCAAUUCAACAGGAAAACAGAGUCCUAAAAAUUGAACUGGAGACGUAUAAAUUAAAGUGUAAAACGUUGCAAGAAGAGAAAAAGGAACUCCAGAAAGCCAGUGUCAACAUUCAAGCUAGGGCGGAACAAGAGGAAGAAUUUAUCAGUAACACCCUAUUAAAGAAAAUCCAAGCUCUGAAGAAAGAAAAAGAAGCGCUAGCUAUGAAUUACGAACAGGAGGAAGAAUUCCUGACAAAUGACUUGUCAAGAAAAUUGAUGCAGUUGAGACAAGAGAAGGUUGAGCUUGAACAUACACUGGAGAAGGAACAGGAGUACCAAGUUAACAAGUUAAUGAGGAAAAUAGAAAAGUUAGAAAGGGAAACUCUCUCAAAACAAUCCACUUUAGAACAGCUGCGUCGGGAGAAGGUGGAGCUGGAGAAUGCCUUGGAACAGGAACAAGAGUCGUUAGUUAAUAGAUUAUGGAAACGCAUGGAUAAGUUAGAAUCCGAGAAAAGGAUGCUACAGGAGAAGCUGGACCAGCCAGUGACUGGCCCACCCUCGCCGCGGGAGAUGAACAAUGGGGACACCGCUAAUAACCUGGCCCAGCACAUAGAGAACCUGAGGGGAGAGGUGAUUAAACUGAAAGACAUGCUGCGAGCUGGACAACAGGAACAUGAACAGAAAAUGGCACAGUACGCACAGGAGGAAAAGCAUAUUCGGGAGGAAAAUCUUCGUCUUCAGAGAAAACUACAGAUGGAAAUGGAACGAAGGGAAAGUCUCUGUCGCCACCUUUCAGAGAGUGAAUCAAGCUUAGAAAUGGACGAUGAAAGACAUUUUAAUGAGAUGACAAAACAGCAAGAUAUGGGUCACGGAGCCAGGCCGCGGACUGUGUCCAGUCCUAUCCCGUACGGUUCUCCUAACACUUCCAGACCUAUGUCACCAGGGUUGAACUAUCCAGCGUUCAGUCCCCCUAGUCCCAUGAGAAGAAGUACUGGCAGUUCUCCUUUCCACCCUCCUUCUCAGAUGCCGAGCUCCUCGCCUCCGGUACACAGCCAUAUGACGAGCAUGCAUCAGAAAUCAAGGCCAAGCCCAGACAAGUUUGCUCGACCCAGUAGUUUCCCUGAGAGAAACGAGAAGACCUGAGACUGCCCCUCCACGGACAUUAACAGUGCACAUCCAUCUAGCCUGCUACAGCCAUAGCUACAGCUCCAGCUGUCCAGCGUUUUUGGACUUUCAUUGCCAGGACUGUUUCGUUGGUGCUAUCUCUCGUGGACUUUCAGUGUUCUGUACACACGCCUACUAACGCUUACCUACCAAAACUGUCCCGAUGCUCAGUCAUCGUACAGUGUCAUCGAGGGUGAAGGGGCAGAGUCCGUACAUGCUGAGAGUGCCCCAUCGGUUGCCAUACAGUGGAAAUUGUCAUGGAAGGAGUUUUUGGGAAUAGAAUUUAGAAUUAAGUUUCUUGUUUCUCUUUCUAAUAUUUUUUUUUUUUUUUUUAAGAUAUCUGAUUUUCCGGAAGGGAGUAAAUCAUGUUAUUGGUGUACUUACCAAAUGUGGAGGUAUUUUAUGAAGCAUUCUAGUCCCUGUACUGUUUUUGAGUGUGUGUGUGUGUAUGUAUGUGGUUACCAUGGGUGUCCAUAGUCCAGUUGUGUAAUAUUACAUAGGUAGCAGGUAUAUAACCAUUUUAGUAAAAACCUUCUUAUUUUUUGUUGCAUUGUAAUUCGCAUUGUGAAACUGAAGUAUUAAUAGUCUGAUUUUGUCAUCCGGUUUCUGUUCAGUAGUAAUCUUCAAAUCUAUAGUUUUGAUUGAUAAGUAAUUUAAAAAAAAAAAUGUACUCCGAAUGUGUAACUAGUUGCGACUUAAAAAGAUAUUUAAUUUGGAUUUGUAUUUUAAUACAUGUAUUAUAAACAACAUUAAAAGAUAUAAUGUCCUUUCCAAAAAAAAUAGGAACUUAUUGUAUCAAGGUUUUUUUUCCACCCCUGAAAUUUCAUAAUGAACUAUUUCAACCUUUUAAUUGGAAGAGUUCAAAUGUGUCUUCAGGGGUGAAUGUGUUAUUAAGCAGUUAAUUGGAAAACAUAAUAUUCUCUUAUUAAUGUUUGGUACUACACGAUUAUAGAUACAAUUAUAGAUACAACCAAAUGAGUGACAUUUAAUUUUUUUCAUGUUAUUAUGUUCAACAUUUCUAAAUUUGUAAAUCAUGAUACAGCUGUACAGGUUGUUCCUAUUGAAAAGGUAUCUGCUGAUUAUUUUACCGUUUGUGGGUCUUUUCUCUCCCUCUCUUGCCAUCAAUUUGGUGCUGACUAAACUUACCGAAGAUCGUAGUUUACAAAGUGCACUGUGAAGGAGCUUCAUUUAAUACUCUCUAUAGCUACAACUUUAUACUUUGUAUGGUGGUAUUGUCACAGAAUUCUUUUCAAUUUUGAAAAUACAAAAUGGUUGAAAAAAGGGGUCUGGAAAACUUUUCUUUUUGAAAUUUAGGCUGAAAAGUAUGUCCAUGAGGUAAAAAUUAAAACCUUCACAUUUUUAUCGAUUCGCAAUAAACCCAUUCAGAAAAUAAGGAGAAAUUGGAAUGAUUCAAAAGAUACAAAAUAUAUCUGAUGUAGAAUUUGGUUUUCCACAGUUCUCGCUAAGGAAAGCAAAUAUGAAAAAAAGAAAUAUAGUUAAUACGGCUGUAUGAAACAGUUAUUUAUGACUUUUAAAUCUUAAUAAUGAGAGUACAGAUUUAGAGGUAAAAUAUUUAUCGCUUGAUAAUUGGUUUUGAAUUAUCACUUGAUACAAGUCUGAAGUAUGUAUAUGGAUCAACAUUUACUUUACUCGGGUGAGGUUAGGUAUAGCAUAUCCUCCAAUGCUUAUGUCUUAAAAUAUCUUCACAACUGCUAUUAAAGCUGCAGACUCAUAUUUGCCCGUUUUCUUCAUGAUGCCCAGGUAUGUUUUUAUGGAUGUUUCUGCUGGGAAUUGAAUGUUGAUUGUUAUUUUUUGUCACAUAGCUUGUUAUUGUCGUGUAGUUAAUUAAAGGAUUACGGAAAAAGUAAUCUAAAUGUUUUUUUUUUCUUUAUAUCAUUCUUGGAAAUUUUAUUGCAAAUUACUAAUAAUGUACUAAUUGUUUGGUAAUCAGUUCAUUGUGAUAAAAUAAGGUGUAAGCUUGUUACUGUAAAAAAUUGCGUACUUGUAAUCGGAGAACAUAAUCAUUCUAAUGUAUAUGUUAUUUGGUAAUAAAUAAGUCUUCCUCUGCUGCAGCAUUCUCACCAUUCCUGAUUAUGCUGAUUUUUAUGUUACCUGGCUCAAAUUCAGUUCGUUUAAUUUGUUCAAUUACAUCUGUUAGUCUUGAAAUCUUGAAUUGAUAGGCGUAAGUUUUAUGUUCGAUACAAAGUUGAAUGUGAAAGAGUGGAUAUGCAUUAUAAGAAUGUUAAUGGAGUAAAGAUCUACAGAUAUUAUUAUCUAGUAGUUAGUGGUUCAUCAAUUCAAAUUGUCUUCAGUGAAAACGGUCUAAUCCAUCUCCUGAGUUUUCUGACAUCCUGCUUAGUCCAACAUAACAAUUUAAUCCCAUUUCUGAUGAAAACUUCCAGACAAGACCUGUGUAGUCUGACUUUCUGUCGAAUCUGAUUAUCUGACAUAUAUCUGAUCAGUUAAUUCUUUUGUCUUACAAGGUAUCGGAUAAGACAGGUUAAUCUGACCAGUAUGUUGUGUUGCACAGGGUGUCGGAUUAGACAGGUUAAUCUGACAAAUGUGUUGUGUUGCACAGGUUGAAUAUGUUGUACUGCAUGUGGUGUCAGAUUAGACAGGUUAUUCUGACCAAUAUGUUGUGUCACACAUUCUGUCAGAGUAGACAGGUUUUACUGUACACACUCCUGUUUAACAAACCUUGGUAUAUCAUAUACGCAGGCUGCUUCAUAGUGUAAAACAUUGUAUCAGCAUCACAUGAAUUUACAAAAAUAAAAUCUAAUCUUUAAUAUCCUGCAAUAUCUCUCAUGUCGUAAGGAACAGUACAAUUUUAUCUUAAAUUGAUAGAAUAGCAAACAGCAGGAAGUGGUGAUGUUUUCAUUUGAUUUCUCCUGUCCAAAUUUUCACAAAAUGUUGGAUUGUUCAUGUUUUUGUUGAGAAUAGAUACACUAUGUGAUUAAAUGGACAUCAAACUCCUUCACUACCAUCUUAGUUUGGUGAAAAUUUCUGAUGUGCAUUUCAUAAAUAUCGUUUGUAUUAGAACCUUGUUUGAGAUCUUCCAUGUACAGAAACGUCUCGAAACAAAUUUUUGUCAUCCACUACAACCGAUGUAUAGAAGGCCUUACAUCUGACGCAAACUAGAGAUAUACCUACAUAGUGUACAAGUUACGGUAAUAGAUUGUUCUCAAAGUUUUUUAUUUCCAUUUUUUUCUUCUUCAAAGAGAGAGGUAAUGGAAAGGUUUUGACACUUUCAAAUCUGUCAUGCAUACAUGCAGCUGAUUGCAUCAUUGACUUGUUAUAUCAGUACAGUGAAACGUUAUCAAUCCUGCCCGGUGUCAACAAACUUCAGGGUUGAUGAUUUUGUAAAAUAUUAUUCAGGAGAAGAAACUAUCAUGUACUAUUAUGAAGAGUUUGAGACAUGUUGUUUUUGUUAUAACGACUAGGCGUUACUUACUGCAGUUGGAGAAAGAGUUACCGUAAAGUAACAGUAGAUUGUUUGAUACCCGGUUAUAUUUAGACAUCUAUCCCAGGGUUUGUUUCCAAAUUUUGUGAGAGAAGGAUAUUGUUUUCAGUGUGUCCGUCCCGCUUGGUUUUGUUUUGAGGUAAUAACCAAACUGGAAAAACAAUUCAAAUUUGACUAUAACUGUUCAGAAGGUGUAAUGUUUAACAACAAUAAUAAUAGUCAAGGUCAAAUUUUGAAUAUGGAGUUUUGGACAUAAACCCAACUGAUAAUAUCGGUUAAACCUUGCUAUACUGCCACAAUUAUGAUCAUAUGUGCAACUUUGGCAUUAUAAAGAGGUUCAGCAAUAUAAAUAAGGAAACAUAAAUGAAAUGUUGAAGAGGGAAAAGGGGAACAUUUAAAUAUGUGGGCGAUAAGGAAGGUGGCAAAGGAAUGAGGGGCAUUAUAUCAAGGUUUAACAGUUUAUGCAUUUAAUGAGACUGUAGUCCGUACUUUAUAUAAUAUGGAAAGAUAGCAUACAACUUAAAUUUGAGGAUUUUCAAAAGUUGUUGAGGUUUGAUAUGUUGGGCUUAAAAAAUACUUAAAACCUUGAAACCAUCUAGAAAAAAAUUCUCAAUAUUUUGAAUAUUUGAAAUGACUUGAUCAUUUAGCUAUUUAUAGAAAUUCUGUUAACUAAACUACAGUUAAACUUUGAAGAUAUUUUGGGCAUUUGAAAUGUCCAUACCAUACAGCUGGUACAUGUAUAUAACAUUUGAGAUAGACAGUAACAAAGAUCAGAAUUUGCAAGAAACAAUUAUUUAGUUUUAGUCUGAUCAUAUCAUGAUAGAAUUUUACUUCAACCUGUACAGUAGAAUUUUGUUACACUGGUUUCUUGGUUUAUAACCAAGUUAAUAUACGUUCUUGUUAAUCAGAGUUACCUACCCAUGUUUUCUGUCGGAGAGCUAUCAGCACUUGUCGUGUUGUACCAUUGAUGUACAUUUGAGUUAAUACAUGUAUUGUUUAUUGUUUUAACUCAUCUGUUUCUGAAUCAUAUCGACUCAGAAUACCAUACUACCUAGAGCUGCAACCAAAACAAUACCAUUCUAUUAUUCAUGUUCAUUGGGGUUUCAAGGACAGGUCAAGUGUUUGUCGGUCAGUGAAAGUGUCGGUCAGUCUAGUAACAAUUAGGCAAAAUAACUUAAUAUGACUUUAGUUUGUAUAAUUAUAAUUAAAUACAAGUGAAGAAAGAAAAAAUGUUGCUAUGCUUUCAACUUAAUAUCCAACUUACCCUUUUGAAACCAUGAUACAGAUUUUUACAUUAAAUUUCAGAAAUUUACUGUAUUACAUUGCAGCGGGUUCAACCGUCAUAUCUAGUGGGGACGGUUGUUGCUACUGUCUUUCACAUUUGUAUUAAAUGGUGCAUUGAGUAAAACCUUUGUUGUUGCUUAACUGACAUGCAUAGUAGUAUAUGCCACAAAGCUUUUUCUCAAAAUCUAGAUCCCUGUAUAGAAAGAAAAAACUGCCAGUUAUUUCGUAAGUGUAAUAUCAUAUUAGCUCAUCUGUAUCAUUAAAUAAUAGCUUUGUCUUAUUUCCCCCCUCAUUAAAUGAGCAGUCAUCUUUAGUCAAGAUCUGUACCAAAUUUUAGAAUAUUUCACUAAGACAUCAUUUUCAUGGUUUGUUUAUUACCUGCACAUGCUCAAACCUGUAUUUGCAUUUUCUUAAUAGUAAUACCUGUACUCUGAACUGACCUCUUUCAUAUUACAAAGCUUCAUUGUGGCAUUAUUUCACCAUUAUGUGUUUGUCACUUUAUAAGAUAACAUGCAUUUAGUAUACAGUAUGUAAAUGUAUGUGCACACAUAUGGCUAAGGAUGUCAAUGGGUUCUUAAAAAAUAUAUCGCAUAUUAAACUCAAUUUUUUUUUAUAUUUGCAAUCUUGGUGUAUCUUUUGAUGUUAUGUUGAGUUUAUAAACCAUGUGUUCUGUGUGUUUGGUUCUAUUAUCUUCCAUUAUAAGUAUUUGAGAGCUGAAAUGUAUAACCUCAAUAUUUGCUAAUGUUUAAGAUCUCGCAUUUGCAUGACUUUUAUAUACUGUGAAAUCAUAUAUAUUUGUUGUGCUAAAAUUUUGGCUUCAUUGUUCUUAAAGACAUGAAUUUGUGAAUUGAUGGAAAAGUUGUUGGAGAAUAAAUUUUGGAAGUGAACAUAUUUCUUACUCAGAAAUUGUUAACGAAUUUUGUGAAACAUGUGCAAGUUUGGAUUACCUACAAAAUCAAGGAAAAUAAAUUCCCCAUGAAAAGAUAUGAUUGCCUACAUGUUUCCUGAUUUACAAAAAGUUUACAUGGUUUUGAGAAAUAAUGAGGUUUGAGUGUGUAUGACUGUCACUUUCAUACACAUAUGGCAUAUAUAUAUAAGUAUUAAUAGUCUGAUUUUGUAAUCCAGUUUCUGUUCAGUAGUAAUCUUUAAAUCUAUAGUUUUGAUUUCUGUUCAGUAGUAAUAUUUUAAAUCUAUAGUUUUGAUUGAUAAGUAAUUUAAGAAAAAAAAGAUGUACUCCGAAUGUGUAACUAGUGUGACUAAAAAAGAUAUUAAAUUUGGAUUUGUAUUUUAAUACAUGUAUUAUAAACAACAUUAAAAGAUAUAAUGUAUUUAAUGGCAUAAGAUAAUUAUAAGUAGACAUGUUUUAGAAGGAAUUAUAUUUUUUUGUAAAGACUUUACGAAGUUUAAUCCAGAUUUGUGUUUUCAUAAUACAUUGUACAUCAUAUCAACUUAGUUCAUCUGUGAGGAGUUUCACAUGUUAGUAUUCAAGAACACAUUUUAUAUAUCAACAAAAUAGAUCCAAUAUUAAAAGUACCAACAUACAGUUUGCGGCUUGGUUUUGACCUGCAUACUCCGUGGAAUUCGUAAUUGAUAUUAUCCUGCGAUGUUUGCAUUUCAACACGUUAACAGUUUUGAUGAUGCAAUACUUGUGCCAUCCUUUACUGUUUACUUUGGACAUUUUUGCCACAGUUUAAUUUUCGCCUUUUCCCCGCUCAAUAACGAGGGCGAAUUUAUCAUUACAGAAAAUAUAGCUGAACGGCAUAAAUAUACAUAUUGCUUGAAUCGGAAGGGCAAAACUACCGCUGGACAAAAAUUGAUUUUAUGGGUAAAUGGUGAAAGUUUGACUGGGGAAAAGUUUCCCUGUAUACAGCACAGUAUAAGCGCCCCAGUCCAUUCAUCAUAAAUUACCAACGUAAUUGGAAAAGUGUAUCGCAAUGUCUAUUUAAAUUUAGGAAGGUUAUUUUCCCAAACUGUUAAAACACCUAGUGCACUUUAGGUCAAAUACGGUACAACAUAAAUUUUGUCUUAGUUACUUAUAAUUUGUGCACACGUUUUAUUGUCAUGAGCUGACUUUUCUGGACUUAUACGAAAGUAUUUUGGUUUGCAUUUCACAUAACGUGUUACAUGAUAUGUAAAUACAGUAAAAUCUUGUUACACUGCCACCAUACAGGUUUGGCGAUACAUUGAGGGAACCAUACGAAUGAAUUCUUUUGAAAAAGAGAAAGGACCUUGAAAUAUGUUGGUGGUAGGCAAGGUGGCUAGUUGAAUGAGUGGCAUUAUAUGGAGGUUGUACUGUAUUUAUUUGUUAUUUGUACAGGACUUAUAUGAUCAGAUUAAUGUGAAUUUACAAUGAAAAUUCAUGUCGCACGAAAUAUAGGUAAUCUAGAGUGUUCAGUUUGUGUUCCUCUAUCGUCUUUAUCCUCGGGGCUUGAGUCAUGUUUUAUUGCAUUGUAGCUUAUUUAGUUACAUAGUUUCAAUUAUGAAAAUAUAAAUCUACAGUAAAAUCCUUCAAUCUUAAAACUAUCAAAUUAGUUAAUUUUGAAUUGCCCCAAUAAUAAAUCACAUUGAUCCAAAUGCUUUCCUUAUCAGAUAUCUUCGCAAAAUCCUUAGAUUGUUUAAAAUUAUUAUUUCAAUGUUUUUGAGAAUUUUUAUACCCAGAGUUCUGGUAGCUGUACUUUGAUGUCAGAAUUUGAAACAAAUUUCCAGUGAAAACUGUGCCAUAUAGUACUAAUGCUUAUUUUGUUGCUUACUAGUUUCGUUAGUUUGCUUUUACACUUACAUGAAUGGAUUGUUAUGUUCAUAGAAAACCUUCUGUUCUCAGUUAUUAAAUUGCUUCAAAAUUCAUUGAUGAUUGUUAAGGUCAAUUAUCCUAACAAAUAUUUUCAAAUCAUAGAUACAAUGAAUAUGCCUAUGGUUAAAAUUUGAUGUUUUUCCAUAGUAUUUUUUGAAAUUUUGAAACAUUUUUUUUUUGUGAUAUUUGAAAGUGAAAAUAAUCGAUAAUUGUUUUGCAAUUUUGAAUUUUAAUAGAUGUUUGUACAUUACAACAUAUAUCUACUUGUUCAGCAUCCAUUACCACAUUUUACCAUUGAUAUGCCCAUGCUUGGAAUUAAGCCUGUCUUAUUGACCCAAUUUCUUGAAUGAGGGAUAUAUCGGGAAAUACAUGUAAAAAAUGGAAAUAAGUUUGUUACACAUUUAACUAGUGCCCUGGGCUUACAAUGCAUUGAAGGUAAUAAGUGGCAAGUUUCAAAAAAGAUUUAUUGUGAUAAUCCCGAUUAUGUCUGAAUACGACUCCAUCAGUAGAGCUGUACAUAUCACCAGUCCGCACGACUCCGACUACAACUUGACAUGUGUUAUAACGUUGCGGACAUUUUAACUCCAGUGUUGGCUGUUCUCCAUCUCAUUGUCCCUCAAAACCAUAUCUUUUCCAUAAUGAAUCGUGUCCUAGAUUUAGCGUUUGUUAUAUGUUGUUGUGAUAUUAUUUGUUAAGCAUAUCUGUGAGACAUAAAGGAGUGAUUGUAUAUAUUCAUGCCUAGAUGCUGUGUAUGUAUAUAUGUGUACAGAUUGUACAGAUUAAACUUUAGUGCUAAUCCUGUCAAAAA